UAGGCACUAGAUUGUUCUACACUGUAGUGUUAUUAAAUUAUAGAUCACGGCUUGAUGUAGUAGUAGAAUAAGGUUCUUCGUCGGUUAGGAGAUUAUCAGAACUGUUCGGGGACUUGGUGGAAGCAGUUGCUGUCUCACUCGCUUCCAUUAUUGUCGUACAUUUUCUGAGAUAUUUCUUGCAUUUGCAGAAUGUGCAAGCCAAAGUUUCUCCAGCCUUCCGAGGCAACUGGGGUGAUUGUUGGGCCGAACGGCCAGCCCCUCAAAAACCUGCAACAGAUCCGCAGAUAUUCUGUGGAUGGAAGCCCACUCUCGCCGCCACCUCUGGACCCGAACCAGAAGAUUCCCAUCAACCGUAGCAGGAGUGAUUCUCAAGCGGUUCCAGUAAUCUCACCCCUGGUUGCCAAACGUGCGAGGAGCGUUUCGCCGUCUGUGCGGAGGAACGUCUCCCCGAGAAAUGCUUCGCCGAGCCCCACGAGAAGCCUCCCAGUCGCACCCCAACGUCCCGUGCAACCAGAAGGCGGUGAUGUGACUGCAGUUCAGAGAGGCAUUGCAUCGUGCGCUGGAACGGUGUUCAUGUCAAUUUUUAUGACUCCCUUGGAUGUGGUGAAAGUGAGGCUGCAGGCUCAGCAACAACCAUCAACAAUCAUAAGAACUUUUCGUCCGAUUCCCGAGAGAUGUCUUCCAUCGACCCUCAACCUGGUACCGUACAGACAGUUUACCAGCAUCCAGAUGACACAUUCUCAUUCCGCUAUGCUAUGCCAGAGUCCACCCUCCUACAAACUCAACGGUACUUUGGACGCCUUUGCCAAGAUUGCUCGCAAUGAGAGUUGGUGCAGACUGUGGAGUGGAUUUGCUCCUGCACUGUUGAUGCGCAUUCCGUCAAAUGUCAUCUAUUUCUCUGUUUACGAGAAACUGAAAUCAGCAAUGGGCUUCCAGCGAGGCAAAACAGACAAGAAGAACAACUUCUUGAUAACUUUGUCUGCAAGUGGCACUGCUAAAGCUAUUUCAGUGACGAGUAUCAGUCCUCUUGAGAUGAUACGGACCAAGAUGCAGUCAGAGCCCUUGUCCUACGCCCAGCUGUCAAACUGUCUCAAGCGUGCCGUCAAGACGGAUGGUCUCACCUCACUGUGGAGGGGUCUUGGCCCCAUGCUCAGCCGAGAUGUCAUGUAUGCAGUUUUGUACUGGACUCACUAUGAGCUCCUGAAGGCUGAGAUGUGUAAGGCGUUUCACACUGAUGACCCAACAGUUGCCAUGACAUUCUGGACUGGUGUCAUGUCGGGAGUGCUUGCUGCUGUUGUUUCUACACCAUUUGAUGUUGUGAAAACUCAUAAACAAAUCUCCAUUGGGAAGGCCCCCACCGGUGGUGAUGGACCACGCAGUAGAGCAAGUAGUCUUUCCAUCAUGAAGGGAAUCUUUGCUCAAUCUGGUGUCAAGGGUCUCUUUGCUGGUACCGUGCCACGCAUUUUCAAAGGGGCUCCCUCCAGUGCCAUCCUCAUCACAACCUACGAGGUCAGCAUCUCUCUCUUUAAGAAGUACAACCUGGAGCAUGGGUACUAGGAACCACACGCAGACUUAACGCACGUUUAGCGAUGAAACAUUAAGCCUAUAAUGAGUAAGGACCCCUGUGUCUUAACGAUGAAGUUGCUCUUCAAGUCUAAGGAGUUGAGCCUGUGGGGAGAUAAAGGAUAUAUGGGAAAAGAGCCAGAAGAGUUUGGCAGGCAUAAGAAAUUUGUCAUUAGUUUUUCCUGGUUUCAGGAUUUCUUUCUUCAAAAUCUCCUCGAGCCUUAAAAUGUUCUUGCAAGAAGUAAAGCAGUCAGCCAGUCACCACAGGGAGAAAGAUAUAGUCCACAUAGUGUACCAAUCAUACUUUGUAUUUCUGGUGAUGCACUUAGUAUGUAAACCUCAGGACGUCUUGGAGGAUUUGGGUCUAGAAUAAGAAGGAACCCAGAAAUUUCAGAUUUGGCAAAUCUCAACUCUGGUUAGUAUUUAAGAGUUGGUGCCAGAUUGUUAUUCUUUGCAAUCACGCAUGAUGGUACUCACUGUGAUCGGAUAGACCUCUUGAAACUGUUCUGUGGGCGAAUGCACCUCAACCUAUUAGUUGAUCUUAUUACAAGGUUUGUGCUUCUUUUUAAAGUAAACUUUUGAGCCAGUUUAGUCUCGAUUUGAUCUGACCAUACUUUUAGAUGUUCCAUUUUACUUGGAGCAUAUUGGGCUCUGUGUGGCUGAUGAAGCACAAGCAGAUGUUGGGGUUCAAGGCUUUGCCAAAAAAAAAAAGUUUUUCUCACUUUUGACAAUCUUAUAGCUUUUUAGUCGGUCUUUCUACUGGGCAAUCUCGGUAGUCUAGUUGGUAAGACACUGCUCUAGAAUUGCAAGGGUCGUUGGUUCAAAUCCCACUCAAGUAAUAUGUAUGUGAUACUUGUUCACAGGUCUCGGGAAAGUACUGAGUAUGCAGUGCUAACACACAUCGGUGUUUGGGUAAAAAAAAACAGAAAUUAAUAGUCGGAUCUUUUAAUAACUUGAUGAAUUUAUUUAGAAAUAAAUAACAAAUCUUGUUUAAUAGAGGAGAAAUGUUGUAACUCUUGAAAACAACUUGAGAACGCUAUGAUUCAAUUGUACUUUUUUUCCAAUCAAUUAAUUGAUAGAUGUUUUGUUGGUGUUCAAGAAAGGUUUGAUGUAUGUUCAUGAUUUGUCUUGGCUGAUUUUGUUCAGUGUAAAUAUCGGCUGACUUUUGGCAGGCUGAAAAUUUGUGUAAUAUUUCUUGAGUCUAAACAAAUUUGUUUUAGUAAGUAUUGGAUCUAGUGUCUUGACUGAGAAUUAAAGUAAAAACUUGUGUGUUUUCGACAAGCAGGAAGUGUGAAAUCUCAUUGAGUUCGUUAAACAAGAAAUGGCAUUAUGUUUAGUGUAAAGUAAAAUCAAGUCAACUUGUUUUAUUUUAUUGAUUUCUACAGGGCAUUAUAUUUUAUUACAAUUUUUUAUUAUUUACAAUAAUAUGGCUAUGAUUGAGAUGGUGUAAUCAAUUGCUGGCAUUGGUAAAGUCAUGUUUAUUGGGAUUUUCUUUCUUUUUUAGAAACAAGAUGGAACCAUGUUUUCUGUUCGUAAAACAUAUUUCAUCAUUAUUUUGGUUGAGUUGGUGUAAUCCAUUUCUGGCAUUGGUAAAGUCAUGUUAUUUUUAUUUUAUUUUUCUAACAGGUGGACAGUUUUUGUUUUUGGUAAAACAUAUUUCAUAUUUUGGUUUAGAACUUUUGUCAGUUUUAAGUGUAGUGUAGUUGCAUUUAGAAGGUAUCGAACUUAAACGGUUUUGUAUGUGGUUUAUGUGAUUUUUCACCCUUUUCUUACAUUUAUAAAGUAAUAUUCAAACAAACUUUGAAUUAUUUGUAACUUGUUGAACUUUCAUGAAUAAAUGUAUUACAUCCGGAGAAAAUGACAUGUUCAUCAAAAUA